AUGGCUUGCUUAUUCGUUUUCGGUGGUCAAGCUUUAUGUUGGUUAGGUGGCAGAUGGGGAAUGUCAUGGCGUACACUCACUGAAUGUUAUAAAGCAAAUAACUUACAAUCUGCUUCUUUAGUAUGCGUUAACCCCGUUGAACAUCGCGGUGAACCUGAAUUAGUUACUUUAUAUCAUCACAACAAAACUUUUCACUUUAUUUACCAAUCUGAUAAGUAUAUCUACAAUGGUGAGGCUUUCACUCGCUUGCCCUUCCCUUGCGAUGAUAAACCUUCCCUUUCUACUUUCAAGCACUCUAAUGGCUUAUCGACAAGUCAAGUUGAUAACUUGGUCGAAAAAUUCGGUAAAAACAUCUACAACAUCCCCGUUCCAACCUUUUUAUCACUCUUCGCUGAACAUGCCGUCGCUCCUUUCUUCGUUUUUCAAAUGUUCUGCGUCGCUUUAUGGUGCAUGGAUGAAUACUUCUGGUACUCCCUCUUCACAGGCUUCAUGUUGGUCGUCUUUGAAUGUACUGUCGUUUGGCAACGUCUCAGAACCCUCAACGAAUUCAGAACAAUGUCCAUCUCUCCUUACACUAUGCCCGUUUACAGAAACUCAAAAUGGGUCAAUCUCAGCUCUGAAGAGCUAGUUCCAGGUGACGUCGUCUCUAUAGAUCGCACUGGUGAAAGCCUCGCUCUCCCAUGUGAUCUUCUCUUACUUAGAGGCUCCGCAAUUGUUAACGAAGCGAUGCUGUCCGGUGAAUCAACUCCCCUACUAAAAGAAUCAAUUGAGUCUAGAUCUGACGAUGAAGUCUCUGAUGUCGACGGCAACGAUAAAAACCUUCAUGUUCUAUUCGGUGGUACCAAGGUGCUCCAAACCAACCCUCCAUCUCCUGAAGAUGUUUCGGCUCACAAUGGUCUACUAACUCCAGAUGGUAAGGCAUUAGCUAUCGUCCUUAAGACUGGCUUCGGUACUUCCCAAGGUCAACUCAUCCGUACUAUGUUAUUUUCUUCUGAAAAGGUCUCUGCUAACAACUUGGAGAGCUUCCUCUUUAUUGGAUUCUUGCUCAUUUUCGCCAUCGCCGCUUCAGCAUAUGUAUGGAUUAAAGGAAACGAACGUGGUCUUAAGAAAAGUAAGCUUAUUUUGGAUUGCAUCUUGAUCAUCACCUCUGUUGUCCCACCUGAAUUGCCAAUGGAACUUUCACUAGCUGUCAACGCUUCAUUAGUUGCUUUGUCCAAAUUCGCCAUCUUCUGCACAGAGCCUUUUAGAAUUCCUUUUGCAGGUAGAGUUGAUGUGUGUUGUUUCGACAAGACUGGUACCAUCACAGGAGAGGAUUUGGUAGUUGAAGGUGUUGCCGGAAUCGCAAAAGAUCCAAAAGAUUUGUUACCACUACAAACCACGCCUAAGGAAACCACUUUGACGCUCGCCUCAUCACACGCUUUGGUACUGCUCGAUGAGGGCGACGUUGUUGGUGAUCCUAUGGAGAAAACCACUCUCGAAGCCUUGGAUUGGAAGUUGGGCAAAGCUGACACAGUGGCCCCUGCCAACAAGUCAGCUAACCACAAGCACGUUAUCAACAUUAGAAGAAAAUUCCAAUUCAGCUCUGCUUUAAAGAGAAUGUCCACUGUCAACAACAUUGUCGAUGGCCAAGGUCAGAAGCGUACCUUUGUUAGCGUGAAGGGUGCCCCUGAAACUAUCAAGAGUAUGAUCAAAGAUCUCCCACAAGGUUAUGAAGAAACUUACAAGUGGUUCACAAGAAAAGGUAGCCGUGUACUUGCUUUAGCUUGGAAGGAUAUCAAAGCAAGCAACACCGAGAUACCUAAUCUCCAACGUAGUGAUGUUGAGUCUGAUUUGCAUUUUGCCGGUUUCCUCGUCUUCCAUUGUCCACUUAAGCCUGACGCUGUCGCAACUCUCAAGAUGCUCAACGAUUCGUCACACAGAAGCAUCAUGAUUACUGGUGAUAACCCUCUCACUGCUCUUCACGUUGCCAAUGACGUUGAGAUUGUUGACAGAGAUGCUUUAAUUCUUGACGUUGCUGAGGGUGCUAAAGAUGAGAGCGAAUUGGUGUUCAGAUCCGUCGAUGAAAAGACAAUCAUCCCAGUCGACCCUGCACAGCCAAUUAACGAGACAAUUCUUAGAGACCACGACAUCUGUAUGACAGGUGCAGCACUUCGUCAAAUAGAGAAGAAAACAGAGAAUUGGCACGCACUUAUCCAGCACACAUGGGUUUACGCCAGAGUCAGUCCUACGCAAAAAGAAUCAAUUCUUACUACAUUCAAAUCACUUGGCUACACCACGCUGAUGGCUGGAGAUGGAACUAACGACGUUGGUGCACUUAAGCAAGCCAGAAUCGGUGUUGCGCUCCUCCAAGGAACGGAAGACGACUUGAAGAAGAUUGCAGAGCACGCCAGGAUUGAUAGAUUUAAGAAGGUUUACGAACAGCAACUGAAAUUCUCUCAAAGGUUCAACCAGCCUCCUCCACCGGUACCUAAGCCUAUUGCUCAUUUAUAUCCGGACAUGGUCAACGCACAGAGAACAGCAGCUGCUCAACACAGCGUUAGUAGACAAACUCAGACCCAGCCACAACAAUUCAACAUGUCUCAAAUUACUGAAAAAAUGGCUGAUAUGGAGGACGAUAACGAACCACCACAGAUCAAAUUGGGUGAUGCCAGCUGCGCAGCUCCAUUCACUAGCAAGCUCUCCAAUGUUAGUGCCAUUGCCAAUAUUAUCAGACAGGGCAGAUGUACUUUGGUUGCUACUACACAGAUGUACAAGAUCUUGGCUCUCAAUUGCCUUAUUACCGCGUAUACUCUCUCAGUGCAGUAUCUCGACGGUAUCAAAGCAGGUGAUUACCAGUUGACUAUCUCUGGUAUGCUCAUGUCUGUUUGUUUCUUAUGUAUAUCCAAGGCCAAGCCAAUUGAGAAGCUCUCUAAGGAGAGACCUUUAACUAACAUCUUUAACUUUUACAUACUUCUCUCCGUUUUGCUUCAAUUCGCCAUCCACAUAUUCUUCAUGGUUUACAUUACAGACCUUUCAAACACAUUGGAAAACCGCGGUCCAAUCGACCUUGAUGCGGAGUUCAAGCCAACGUUAUUGAAUACCGCGAUUUACCUUCUUGGAUUGUCGCAACAAGUCAGCACAUUCGCCAUUAACUAUCAAGGUAGACCAUUCAGAGAAUCGCUGAGAGAAAAUCCACCAUUGCUUUAUGGAUUAAUGGGAGCCAGUGCAGUUUCAUUCUGCGGAGCAACAGACUUCAUACCAGAGAUGAACAGAUGGUUGCAGAUAGUGGAGAUGACGUACGGAUUCCAACUUAGAUUGUGUGGAUCUAUGGUCCUCGACUUUACGCUUUGUUAUGCAGUAGAAAUAGGAUGUAAAAAACUAUUUGCUAACCUCAACCCACCGGAGUUAGUGACAAGAGGAUCUGAGAGAAGGGAGAAGCGCAGAUUAGAGAAGAAGUCGGCGUAG